AUGGCAGACUCUACCACAGACCACUCCCAUCAACCCGAACAGCAGCAGCAGCAGCAACAGCAGCAACAACAACCCAACCCCUUCAUUCCCAUGUUCACCACCUUCCGCGACGAGCUCGACGAGCACCACGACCGUCGCGAACGCAUAAUAAAAGCCAGUCGCGACAUCACCGCCCUCAGCAAGAAGAUAAUCUUCGCGUUGCAGCGUAUCCGAACCCUCAACCACCCCCUCCCCCCCAACCUAACCAAAGAAACCACCACGCGCUUCGCACAAAUAACCACCCACUUCACCGCCCUCCUCCCAGACCUGACCCCCGCGCCCAACACCCACCGAUACAUGCGCCAACUCAGCCCCGCGAUCCAAGAAUUCAUCGAAGCCAUAUCCUUCCACCACUACCUCACCACACAGUCCCUAAUCACUCUCGAAGAAGUGCGGAAGCAUCUCCCUGCGGGGAUUCUCGUCACGGAGGAGGAUUAUCUGCUUGGGUUGUUUGAUUUAACGGGCGAGAUGAUGCGGUUUGCGGUGACGGGGUUGUCCGCGGGAAGUACGUCUGAAGGUGAUGGUGUGGGGCUAGGCGAGGAGCAAAAGGGCAUUGUGGUCGAUUUGAGGGAGAUGAGGUGCGGGUUUGAGGGGUUGAGUGUGCCGGGCAGACAUCGUGGGGUUAUGUUGAGGGAUAUGGGGAAGAAGGUGGAUGUUAUGCAGGGGAGUGUGGAGAAGGUGGAACGCGCGGCGUAUGGGAUUUUGGUCAGGGGGAGGGAGAGACCGAAGGGGUGGAGGCCGGAUUUGGUGGUGAGUGGGGGUGGAGAGGAUGAGUAUUGA